UUAACUUAAAGGUGAACAACCCCUCUGGGGGGAACGGUAACCAUUUAAUGAUAUAUAAUAUACUGCAUGGCUUCCCGGGAACAAUUUUAGUCUGCAUUUCAGCUGCAGUUGUUUAGUUUCAAUGGGAUAGAAUGUGCCAGCCUUACUGGUGUUGUAUGGGGUAAGGAGUUAACUGAGAAGAGCUGAUUAAACAUGAAUGAGUUGCACUUACGCAGAGACAGCAGGAAGUAGAAACAGCACAACAAACAGAGAAUACUGUCCUGCCCUGGAGAUGCAAUUCCAAAUAGCAACUGAAUGUGGGACACAAAAUGCAGCCUGGGUGUAAGUAAUGUUUUCAAGAAACAACAAAAUCACUCCACUAACAGAACACAGUGCUACCGAUCUUCCGUCUGCUGGAAAUGCAUCUUUGGAAGGAAAACAGGUCAGCAGCUCCCUGUUUCAAGGUGUCCUAAAGAAGCAGCGUUACUGCCAAUGUGGAGCCAUAGGAUGCCAGCAGAGGAAUGGAACCAUUAAAACUGGCCAAAAUGCUGCUUCAAAUAACAGUUGUGUAAUACACACAUCAGCUGAAGUGCACAAACCAAUUCUACAGCUUUCUGGACUACAGAAUCCAUUAGCGAAUGGGAAUGUGAAUGUUUUCCGAUCAGAAUUCAGGCUGCUGGAAGCAAACCCGUUUUCCGGUGCCGACAUAUCUUCUGUACAAAAGGGUCUUUCACACUAUCCGCAACACAUGUUUCUAAAAGGUGAGCAGUGGAGCCGAACAGAUCCACCAAAGGAAACAGAAAGAUUUCAUGCAAAGCCUGAUAAGAAGAACAUUGUGAUCCCUCUUUGCCCAUCCUGCAACCAACGGACAGUGGAAGUAUUUCCAGUUGCAUAUACCAAUGCAGCGAUCCCGGUGGCAGGAAGUGAGCUGAACCCACCAAUGGCAAACACAGGGAAUCAAGAGCAACUUCUGAGUAUAAAUAAACAUACCAAAUCCUUCUUGCCUACUUGUGAAGACUUCCUCCAGUGUUUUGUCUGCACAUGUCCCCCCACAAAAGAGUUUCACCACUGCUAUGCCAUGUCCGUGAUCUGCUGUUUGGCAAUUAGCCUCACAAUAAUUAUUAUUACUGUAACAACUCUGCACAAUAAUUAACAGUUGUCUUCCAGGACAGAACAAGCUAUGUUUGGAUUCAUUUAUAACACAGCUUAAUGGGUAAAUCCAUUCUUGAAUUUCAGUUCUCCUCUAUAACUCAUACUUAAUUAACAGGACUCUAAUUACCACUGAUUAUUUUAGUCUAUUGAGAAAACCCUCAAGAUCUCCUUAAGUAAUAAACAGAAUUUGUAUAGUAUUUUGUUUAUUAAAUGAAGAAUUAAACUUACAGAGCUUAAAGGUGUUGUUCACCUUCCAACACUUUUUUCAGUGCAAUUCUUUUCAGAUUGUUCACCAGAAAUAAAUA